AUGGCCAUCUCGGAUCAAUACUCCAUUAUGUCACCAAGUGACUCACCAACUGCCGAACAUUGGGAGGGGAGGCCCGCGCUCGUCAAGGAAAACAUGCUUGGAAAGACUGGUCGUCUUGCACCUAGAUGGGUACAGGACUUACUGAAUUCCGAUCUUGAUUCCGGCUCGUUCAUCAGGAUCGAGUGGGACCGCGAGGCGCGCUGCAGCAACACCGGCGUUCCCCAUCGCCUUGUCCUUGUGGGCAACCAGAGCACGGCAGAAAGCCGCAACCCUGGCGUCCUGUCCUGCGUUUGCUGCAACUGCGACUUUCACUUCAUCAUCAGAACAUCAUGGGACCCAGACCACCUAGUUUGUCUCUGUCGUCCUCAGAAUCUUCACUUUCCCCCAAAGGACACGGACUUUUACAUCCAUCAUUUGGUCAAUGUCAAAGUCGCGACCCGACCCGCCAAACCUGUGUCAGAUUAUCACCCUAUGAUCAGAGAGGCCUUGCUUGCGGUCGAACAUUUUUCUUGCUCAGCACCCCGCUGCACAUUCCAAGUGUCUGUUGAGAUCUCGCGGCCUCGACUUAAGCGCGAGUGGGUGCGUCUACUCCUUGAUAAGCAACGCAUUCUUGACAACCUGGCCCGAGCCAGAAAGAUCUCGCCGGAACGUUUUGCAGAUGCCCGGGACGAUUGGUCUACCAGCGCCCCGUCCACUCUGAAUACGUACCUUAGAGACUUGCUGGAUAAGCCCAGUCCGCGCAACAUCUCCCGGCGAAACAAGCGUUUCCAGGUUGUGUUUGGCGAUGAAUGCUAUGACAUAUUCAGAGCGAUUCAGUUUACGGAAGAGAAUCUCGAUAAGGACGGUGUCUUUGAGCCGUACUUUAUCCCUCCUGUUCUUGAGCCUGGCACCCCUGGUAUACCGACAAAACUCAACACGUUGCGCGCGUUCAUCGAGGACCUUCAGGCUGAGGCGGAGAGUCUCAUCAUCCGAAGUGGGAAGCCUGGCGAGACCCGGCCGUAUGUCGGCAACAGGCUGUUUAAAGAGCUGCAGUGCUUUGAGUAUCCGCAGAAUACGGUUUCUCAAUCAGCAACUAACGCGCAUCGAGUCCUUGGUGUUCUUCCUGAUUUCGACAAGGCUUUGAUUUUCUUUGCCUACAACCGGCAGUCAGCCCUUUGCGAAAAGCGUCGUCAGACCUACGUCGAAGCACUUCGCGAUAUCGCAUUGCUGACUGCGGACGAGGAUUUUCAGACCCGUGCGAUCCAAGAGCUUACCAUCGUGGAGGGGAUGGACCUCUCAGGCACCCACAGCGCUGGAGACGAGCUGGAAAGCCAAGCUUACUCCUUCUUUAGUCUUAAGUACACUGCUAGCGAUGACAACGUCAUCUCAGCUUACAACACCAAGCUUGAGCACUCUCCUGCGCAGGCGGAUUUUGCAAAAGAGAUGCUUCAGAUCAUCGGGCGCCACAGGAGUAGUGACAGAAUCCUCACGCACGCGAAUGGUCCUAUGGACGUCUCCUCAGCUUAUCGCAUUCUCGAAGCGGAUCCCCAGUGGCCUGAUAGCACCAUCGUGAUGAUGUGUAGCGUCAAGCUCAACAAGGACCCACGGAGCAAAGCCAUCGCGGAAGUCGCUAUCAAAGCCAUGGAAGCUAUUGCUUCCGACAGGAACAGCGACGAAAUACGACAGGCUGUGAAAGCCCUUGAACAGGAAUCUGGCCCGUCUCAACAGGAGAAAGCCGAGUCAUUACCCUCAACUACCACGACCAACCUCCCGGUCGGACUGGAAAAUAUCGGCAACACCUGUUACUUGAAUAGCAUUCUCCAAUACUUGAACACCGUCGUUCCCAUCAAGGAUUUGCUUGCUCACUAUCCUAUGCAUGAGCUUGGCCUGGACGACUCGGAUAUCCAACGUCGACUCAUUGGUGGAAACAAGCUCAAGAUUGACCGCGCUGAAGCAGUCGUUGCUCGUGUUUUUGUUGAAGAACUGGGACGACUCUUGAACAACCUUGGCAGCUCGCAAGCGCCCGCUAUUCGCCCCUCCCAGCGUCUUGCCAAUGCCGUCCUGCUGCCGACGUCGAAUCUUACUGAAGGUCCCAUCCCGCAACAAAAGGCCAAGGAUACUGCGGAGCCAAAGACACUGGAGGUCAUGGGUGCCCAGUUCCCUGCUCCCCCGCCUUUGCCUGCAAGGCCUCCCCCAGGACCUCCUAAGCAGCAACCAGGACAGACAGAAGAUGUUGAUAUGGUCAAUGUCACUGUUGACCCGGUCUCAGAAACCGCUAGCAGCGUAAGCUCACAGACCCUGGUCAAUAUGUCGGAUGUUGACGGUGAAAAGAGAGAUUACGUGACCGAGGACAAGACCGACAUCAGGAUCGUCUCCCAUCCGGUCGAAGCAUCAGCGCCGGAACCGGCCAUUAACAGCGAUAUGAAUAUGACUGGAGUUGAGACUCCAUCGCUGAACGUCGAACAACGGGUGCUCAAGGCCUUGGAGACGCAGACAAGGACUUCCGGCACGGAGCAACAAGACGUUGAGGAGGUGAUGGGCAGCAUCAUCAACCGCCUACAGGCGGCCAUCAAACCCACGAAAACAGAUGCCACGGACGGAAUCCAGUGGGAGCCAAUCAUGGAGACGUUCUACGUCGAGUUGACGAACCAUACAAAAUUUCCUAACCAGGACAAGUACAAACUGGACUCCACGUUGGAGCGUGCGAUCACGGCAUACCCCGCCGAAACCGGUCCAACCAAUAUUCAUGAUGGCCUGAGUCGCAACUUUGACCUCCAAAGAGUUGUUGCUGGCAAGGAGGAUAUCAUGCGCUUUACAUCGAUCAAGAGGCUCCCCCCUAUUCUCCAUGUCCUCAUUCAGAGGACCCAAAACAAUGGCAACAAGAACAUGAAUCCUGUCGAGGUCUUUGAGACGUUAUAUCUUGAUAGAUAUAUGGAUACUCCAGACGAUCCACAAUUUUUCAAGCUGAGGCAGAAAGGGUGGGCUCUUCAACAGCGUUUGGAACAGCUCAACAGCAUACCUACAAUCACGGCUGAAGAUGCAGAGGUUAUCGACAGUUUCGUCAAUGAUUUCGUCCAUGUCAAUAAGGCAGAUAUUCCGGAGCCUGAGUCACUUCUUGGGGGCCUGCCGACUUCUUCUCUCGACUUUGCUGGGGAGGACUCAUCAUUCCCAACUUACAAUCUGUCUGACACAUCUUUCAACAAGAGUGAUCCCCCCAGCACGACGGGUUUCACUGCCGACGGACGCCAGCAGAUCAACAACAUGCGCGUUGAAGAAGUGAAGGCCUACAAAGCAGAGCUUGAAGAGCUCUUCUCUCAGCACAAGAAGCAUGCAUAUCGCCUGCAUGCAGUGAUUUGCCAUAGCGGUCAACUCAGGGCGGGUCAUUACUGGGUGUGGAUUCACGACUUCGAAGCCGGUGUAUGGCGCAAGUACAAUGAUAGGACCGUGACGGAGACACCCAAUACCGAAGAAGUUCUGAAAACACUCAAUAGCAACGGCGACCCGUAUUACCUUUGUUACGUUCAGGACGGAAGGGAACGCGAGCUGGUCAAGGUCCCCAAGCGCAGUCUGCCGGACCCACCAAUUUCAGGCCAAGGGAGUAACGCCAACAAAGACGUGUCUAAGGACGCAGACGGAGAUAUCGACCUGAUUGAUAUGGGAAACCUAACCGCAGAUACGCAAGCAACCUCGAAGACGUCGCCGACGACAGGCGAACUUUCAAUCAACACCGUGGAACGCGACCAAACAUAG